UGCAGGUUUCUAAUUAACAAUAAUGAAUGAAAUGAACACAACAAAUGUUACAAAUUCUGUAACAUCUGAAAUACUAUUUGACAACGUUCAAAAUUAUACCUCCACUAUGGCAAGUAACACAUCUAAUGGAAUAUCUGAAGUAUAUAUGAAUUCUACAGAAGAAAACGGAAGUAUACAACAGUUAUGGAAUGUUACUAAGGCUGUCACAUCAUUACCUAAUAGUACAUUAGUUUCCUUUGAAACUUCAAGUACCAAUAUAUAUAUGUCUACAACAACAGAAAUUUUUGAUGAAUUUGGCCCACCAGAUGGAAUAGAAUACAUUUUUGUACCGCUUGGUGUAGUGGUCUUUGUUAUUGUAUUAUCAGCUGUGGUAUGGGUAAUAAUCAUCUCAAGGAAAAGAAAGUUAGAACGUUUAAGACAUAGACUCAUGCCAAUGUAUAAUUUUGAUCCUGGUGAAGAAGAGGAAGAUGACUGGGAAACUGAAUUAUUAGAAGAAUGUUACAAUAACCAUCAGAGACGCGUAUGUAUACAAAUUUUUAUGCUCAAAUUGAUAAAUGUGUUGUUAGUGUAGCAUACUUUAUCUUACA